CUGUACAACUACCUCAUUAUAAAUAUAUUGAGUUUACUGAUGGAGACUGGCAGACUAAUGAGCACUCAAUAUAUAAUAUAUCAUCAAGAGAAUGGAGUAAUCCUUUAAUCAUUGGUCAGUGUAUACCACCUGCUAGUCACUUCAUCAUUGAAAAGAUCAACAACACUAGAGCUGUUCUGUUUGGUGGAAUAGAGACUGAUGAUAAGGCUAAGGAUACUGCUACUAACAAUGUUUACAUAUUAAAGAUAUCAAUCAGCACUGUUUUCUGGCAGUGUAUAAAGAAACCUGUAGCAAUAGACCAAUGGCCUGUGGAUAGAUAUUAUCAUGCAGGUGCUAUUAUUAUAACUAGAUCAGACUGUCCUAUGCUAGUGAUAAGUGGUGGGAAGGAUGAUGAUACGUUAGAUGAUUGUUGGAUCUUUAACAUCACUCAACAUUCCUGGAUAAAGUUAGAUGUACCUCACUCUGUCAGUAAGAGAUGGGGUCAUUCUCUCUCAUCGUUCAGUAUGAGUAGUCCUCUUUGUGUUUGGAUAAUAACUGUAGGAGGACAGUGUCCCUCUGAUUCCAACUACAUCAGUAAACCUAAUGUUGCCAUGUUAAAUGAACUAGUUACUAACAGUAAAGGACAGUGGGCAGUAGGUAGUACAUUAGAUACCAAUGAUAUGAAUAAUGAAGAAUACAAGAAGAGGUAUCAGCAUCAACUACAAAUAGGAGGAAGAAUGUGGUUGGAGGAGUUUGAGCAAGCUAUUGAAGAGAAGGAGAAAGAAUUACAAGAAAGAAAGAGAAGAGCACAAGUCUUUUGUCAGCAGUUGGAGCAGAAGGAAAGAGAAGAAGCAAAGAAAGCUCAAGAAAUAAGAAGAUAUCGACAUCAGCUACAAAAGAAGGAUAGAGAGGAGGCAGAGAGAGAGGAGAGAUAUCAUAACCAGUUACAGGAGAAGGAUAGGGAGCUACAGGAGAAGGAUAGGGCAUUACAGGAGAAGGAUGUGGAGCAUCAGGUGGUACUGCUGGAGAAAGAUAGGGAGCAUCAGGUGGCACUGCAGGAGAAGGAUAGGGAGCUACAGGAGAAGGAUGAAGAGCUGCAUCAGUCUCAAGAUGCAGUUCGUAGGUACCAGCAACAAGCAGAGCUAACUGAUGAUCACUGGGUUAUUAAUAAAGAUGAGGUGAUUUUGACAGAUGAGGAGUUAGGAAGAGGAUCUUAUGCUGUCGUUACAGUUGGUAUCUUCAGAGGUUUAAGAGUAGCUGUCAAGUCACUUCAUACUAUCAUUAUCUCAGAUUAUAAUUUAGCUCUCUUCUCUAGGGAAAUGACUGUAGCAUCACAAAUACGUCAUCCUAACCUGGUCCAGUUUAUUGGUGCAACUAAAGUGGGUAAUCCUCUCAUCUUGACCGAGCUGAUGAGCACUAGUCUUAGUCAUCAGCUGCAGAAAAAACGAUUAACAAAUAAACAGAUUCUGAGUAUUGCUCAAGAUGUAGCUUUAGGCCUCAACUACCUUCACCUGUUUCAACCACCUAUUAUUCACAGAGAUGUGAGCAGUCCUAAUGUAUUAUUAAAGCCUUGCACUGGGCCUGCUGGUUAUGAAGCUAAAGUAGCAGAUUAUGGUACAGUUAAAGUAGUGCAAGCUACCACUGCUAGGACUGGCACUGGUCCUUAUAUGGCAGGCAAUCCAGCAUAUGCUGCACCAGAAGCUCGUGAUCCUGAUCAACACAGUCCAGCAAUGGAUGUCUACAGUUACUCUGUUCUCCUUAUGGAAAUGAAUUUAUGUCGUCCACCAGAAAUGGAGACAGCAAGAAGAGCACGACAAUCUGGUAGUGUCUCCUGGUCUGAUAUGAAGUCUCUCAUACAAAGAGGACUUGACAAUAAUCCCAAAAACCGUCCUACUAUGGCUCAAGUAUUGGAGUUUUUGAAAAGGAUUAAGAUUUGAUUUUUAUAUUUUUGAUAUUCCAAUAGUAGUGGCUGCUUAGAUAGUUUUAAAACUUGUAUACUUUUAGUUAUUUGCUGUUCUACUUA